GUGGCAUACCGUGUCGUCUGCUUUGAACGCUCUUCUACAAACCAUAAACUCAAAAAUUUCACCUCACCUUCAGAAUUUUACGAAUAAUUGUGUCGUAGUUCAACAUAUGUUUGUAAAAUUGUGUUUAGGUUAUUAAGCUUGAAAUUUCUAUAAUCGAGAGGAUGACUGAAAGUGUAGAGCAAAAGCUCAAGCACUUAAUGAGGAAGGCUUGGAGGGAACGUUGGACUGAUCUCAUGUGGGGGAUAUAUGUCAAAGAGGUAAUACCAGCAGGAACAACUGGAGAUACAUAUAAUCUAGCAGAAAGCAUUUUACAGCAGGCUUUGAUCGGACCAUCUCCAAAUUCCAAGUUGUUGUCAUAUCUACAGCAUUCAUUACAUGUUCAAAUUGUUUCCUAUAGUGCUGUUUUUGAAAAUAUCUGCCUUCAAGGUAGUAUCCAGAAAACCAGAUGCCUUUUGGAGUUACUACUUUUGGUGGAGCAAUCAAUAAAACAUAUUUCAUGUACUGGAUCUGGCGAUGGGCCUGCUGCUUUAGCUGCUUCUCUAUUGUCUUUGGAAACUUGGCUUUGGAGUCUUACAUCUGAUGGGCUCAAGAAACUAUUUGAUAAUAAUAGUGCAACCAAUGACUAUUCAGUCAUUUGCCAUUAUACUACAGGAUUACUGGGGACCUUGUAUGAAGAGAACUAUUUAAUAUCUCUUCUAUACAUUGCACGUUGCUGCACUAAUGAUCAGUUUUCAGCAACUCACCUUACAUCGCUUGUAAAUCAAACCGAGUCCAAUCUGAAAAACUUAACUACUAAUGGGAAUCCAUCAUCAGAAAAACUUGUGGAAUCCAUAGAAAAAGUCAUGAGGCAAUGUCGAUCAUUUGAAAAUGAUCUAUUCAAAGAAAAUGGUCCCGAAAAGCCCUUUUAUGAGAACUCAUUGUGCACAGACGUACACACAUUAAUAUCUUGGGAGGCGUUGCUUCGCCCCACGUCAGACGGUCUUGAGUUGACUCGACAGUUGGAAGUUCUACAGAAACUAAGAGGCUAUUCACCCACCCAGCUCUAUUGCGAAAUCCUCAGAGCUUGUUGCCUAGGACUAGCCGAAACUGCUGAUUCUCCUGGAGAGCUACGUUGGGCUGUAUUCACUUUCCUCAAGGCACCGUCAUUACUACUUCGACUUCAUCGAUCAAUUUUUGGAUUGGAUCCAAAUUCUCCUAUUGGGGAACCAAGUCCGGAAGUCGCGGGUGCGUUUGAGCGCCUUCUUUGCUAUCCUGGACUUUUAGAAACAACCGAUGCAAAAUGCCAUUGUAAUGUCGUCGAAGGUUUAUUAAAUGAAGUGAAAAUACGGACAUCUCUUUUAUCUGAAUGGCAUGUUACAAGCAUCCUCAGCAAAAGAGAAAGUCUAUCCCGCGGAGGUCUGAAGUUAGAGACCACUAACACACAAAUAGCUACUUUGGUUCUUCGUGCUGAGCCAACGGUGGCCAGUAUUCUGAAAACGUUGGAUACCGAUUACGCUAAAAAUCAGGACACGCUGUUAAAAGUUUUAUCUCAUUUGCUUUCGGGGCAAAGCUUCGAACUCAUACUGAACGCUGCAACUGGGACUGGUAAACUCCGAGCUUUUGCCACAAAACUGGUGCGAUUUAACGAAGCGAAUCGCCAACCUGCUGGUUCCGAUCCAAGUAAAACUGCAAAUGCAAGGGCUCUACUCUUUGACAUCUCAUUUCUAAUGCUCUGCCGUAUUACGCAAAUGUACGGCAUUGAGGUUAUACUGAGUGGUGAACAAGGAGGAGAGACUUUCUUUGAACAGUGGGCUUCAGAAUGGCUGAAACCUAAUCAGGCGCCUGAUUUGUCAUUAAGUCGCUGCGAUCCCAUGUUGACUGAUCAGUUAUUAAAAGCCUUGACUUCUGGAGAGAGUGACCUUAGAUCAGGGAGCGUUCGAUGGCACGAAGCUUGUUUCCACGUCCCUGCUGUAAUACGGGAAAUUUUGGGGGCUUACGAAUCACAAUUGGUUUCUGAUGAAGAAGUUGAAAGGAUUCUCGAUACUUUACGGACUCAAAUGUGCUGUCUGUCUGUUUGUGCUGCCGCUUGGCUUCGAUUUUACAUCCAAGUACAACCAGCAAAUCUGAAAAGUAAGCCCACGAGCAUGCUCGAUCAUUUGAUGACUUCCCUAAAUCUUGAUGACUCUAAAGAGCAUUAUAGAGAAAGGUCAGUAUUGAUGUUGCAGAUCAUUCGGCGUCUGGCACAAGACGACAAUCCCCUACAAAGCGUCUCUGAGAAUCAAGAUCAAAGUUUGGAUCAUCAGUUAACCAAAUUAUGGAAUAAGAUUUUAAAUCAUGGUUGGUCAGACCAUAGCACAACAGUGGGUAUUGAUCAACUAUUCAAAAUUGGUGGAGCAACAUGGUUGGUCACUUCUUUGGUCAAGGCAGUUAUUAAAGAGCAAUCUUCUGACAAAAGACAACGGUGCGUCGAAGGAGCGCUGUCAGUUGCACAUUUAGAUUUAGAAAGCUGUGCCAUUUCUUUAGCAACCAGAGUACUCCCAUUCCUUCUAACUCACUCCUCAAUGCUGGCCAGUGACGAAGAAACCGGUGGACCAGGCGGUAAAGCGUUAGCCCAGUUGACUGUCCUGCUGUUUACCGCUGCGUUGAAUAACCAGUUAGCCCCAGAAUCCGACUCAACCAGCCCUUCCAAAAAGUUGGGUUCAAAACGUUCGAUCGAUUGGGAUCUGAAUACGCCGGGCUUUCGAUAUCCCCCUUUGAAAAAGAUGGCUCUUCAUGAGGAGGAAUUUGACUUUAUGUUUGUAGCUCCUAAUAGCGCCCAUGAAAAUAAUCCACUCUCCAACGCAAUUGGAAAUUUAAUGCAAUUAAUGACCCGAGCCGCUGGUGAAGGCAUUAUUACUCCGCAGCUUGCGUUCAUUAGUUAUUUCAUUCAAACGAUGGCAGAAAUAACUUCAAUCAAAACCAAAGAAGUCAUGAGACCUCUUUUGACCUUAAUUCCUCCAGCUCUGGUGUUUUACAUGCUUGCCGUUUGGCCCGGGUUAAUGUCCAUUUCAGAUGUUGCCAAACUGUUGGCUCAUCCCGGCGAUGAAAUGGGUGUCGGAAAAAUCGCUGCGCAGAUCGUUUGUGCAUUCAAGAAUAUAAAUUAGUCCACAACAAGGACUAGAAAUGGAUAACAAUUUUCUGUUCAAAAAGUAUUCGCUGACCGACUUCAAAGUGACGAUACUCUUACAAUUUUGCUGGAAUAAUCACCUUCUGAGCAUUUCGCCUACUGUGAAAAUCUGAGAGAACGAAAAAUUCGCAUUAUCAAGAAAUUGUAAUUUUCAAUUUUUGUUCACAUCAGUUUUCGGAAUAAAAUGAAUUUUCAGUAAGAAA